AUGAGCGUGCUGUCUGCAGAUGUGGCGGCCUCCGCGCCCCUUCUCAGCGCAAGCCGUCUCCAAGCCGGGCUGGAUAUACCGGAUGCCUUAUCGGCCAAGCAGCCGGUCAAGGUUCUCUUCCACGAUAAAGUACCUGGUGAAAGCUUGGGCUAUGCGGAGUGCAUUCGGCAGCUGGCGCCGGGGCUGGCUGGAGUGACGGACGUUGCCCGGGACUUCCAGGUCAUGGCACGGGAUUCCAUCCGAAACGGCCAGCAGGACGGCUGUCUGAGUGAAGAUGAGCUUGCAGCCGUUAUGCACUACACCGCCGAGUGGAGUUCCGGUCCACCCUUGUACAAGGACAUGAAUUCCAAGUGCUACAAUGCCGAUAGAAACCUGAUCCGGCCCUACGUGGACUUUAUGUGGUUAUUGCUCAGUGCACUUGGCCGCAUUGCGCCCUUUCACAAAGACACUGUUUACCGCGGAGUCAAGAAGAACUUACUCCGUGAAUACUGCGAGGGGCAUGAAUUCACCUGGCACGGUUUUAUCAGCUGCACAACGAAGCUAAAGGUUUUGGAGAAGCCGGAUUUUUUUGGAAAGGUCGGCCCCAGAACUUUCUUCCAAAUCCGCUUGUCUCAGAAACAGGCGCGGGAGAUUUCGAAGUAUUCUCUGGUUCAGGAAGAGGAGGUGCUUCUUCCUCCAGGCAGCCGCUUCCAAGUCACUGACUCCGCCGACAUGGGAGGUGGCCUGGCCUUCGUUUACUUGACGGAGCUUGAGUCCCCCUUCUGGAUCCGGGAUCUCAGCCCAAAGACGGAGGCUUCAAGCAAAGUAGCCCAAGAAACUUCAAGCGAGCUGCUCACUCCUCAGCAGGCGCUUGCUGCUUGGGCGUCCAAAGCAAAGUCGCCGACAGCGCCUGGGGCUGCUGCGAAAGUGGCUUCGCCUAAACCUGCUGUUCGCCCGGCCGCUGCGCCCGUGGCUUCGCCUGCACUGGCCUACGCCUACGCUGGCCCUGCCGCUGCGGCCGCGGCAGUGCCGAAGACGCCUGGCGGCGCUGCAGCUGUAGCUGUGGCUGUGCCGAAAUCGCCUGGCGGUGCUGCUGCUGCGAAAGUGGCUUCGCCUAAACCUGCUGUUCGCCCGGCCGCUGCGCCCGUGGCUUCGCCUGCACUGGCCUACGCCUACGCUGGCCCUGCCGCUGCGGCCGCGGCAGUGCCGAAAACGCCUAGCGGCGCUGUGUCCUGCCUGCAAGCCGCUGCGCAUGCGGCAGUGCCGACAACGCCUAGCAUCGCUGCUGCUGCGCCCGUGGCUUCGCCUGCACUGGCCUACCCUGGCCCUGCCGCUGCGGCCGCGGCAGUGCCGAAAACGCCUAGCGGCGCUGCCACGGGAAGCUUGACCCUGGGAUCUAUCUCACUGGAGGAGGCUGCGGCUGCAGCGGACAAGUGCACAGACAUCCACAGGGCCAUAAAGGAGGGCAACCAAGAAGCUGUACAAGGCCACAUCCACAGAGGCAACGCACGAAAGAAGAUCCUUGGAGGAGGCCACACGCCGCUGCACCGAGCCGCGGAGGAAGGCCAUGCCAGCAUCGUCCUUCAGCUCAUCGAGGCCAGAGCCCCCUUGGAGGAGAGCCGCGACCGACGCAAAACGCCUUUGCACGAUGCUGCGCAGUGGGGCCACGAGGAUGUCGUGUUAGUUCUUCUCGAAGCCCGAGCGUCCUUUCGGGCCACGGAUUCUUUCGGCACAACGCCUCUUCACUACGCAGCCAGGGCCGGCAAGCAAGCAGUUGUUCGCCAGCUUCUCAAUGCGGGCGCUGACAGAAUGGCGCGGGACAGGGACGGCCAGAUUCCGGAGAUUCCGCCGGAGAUUGAAGCUCUGGGCCUUGCCUGA